AUGACCGAGGAGCGCAAGGUCGUUCUGAUCACCGGCUGCGGCAAAGGCGGCAUCGGCUACGACUACUGCAAGGCCUUCGCCGACCUCAACUGUUCCGUCUUCGCCUCCGACAUCUCCCACCGCCUCCCCGACCUCGCCGACCUGCAGUCCGACGACAACGUCGAGACCCUCGAGCUCGACGUCUCCUCGGACUUCAGCGUCGCGAGCGCCGUGGACCUCGUGAUAUCCAGGCGUGGCAAGAUCGACAUCUUGAUCAACAACGCCGGGAUCGGGAGCCCGGGCCCACUGGCCGAGCUCCCGCUCGACGCCGUGCGGAAGGCGUACGAGAUCAACGCGCUCGGCCAGCUGCGGGUGGCCCAGCGCGUGGUCCCGCACAUGGUGGAGCGCCGAGGCGGGACCAUCGUGAACGUGGGGAGCGUGGUUGGCCAAGUGCCGACCCCGUGGGCGGGCUCGUACUGCGCCACGAAGGCGUACGUCCACGCGAUGUCCCACGCGCUUCGGGUCGAGCUCAGGCCGUUCGGGGUCAAUGUGGUGCUGGUGCUGCCCGGGGCAGUGCGGUCGAGCUUUGGGAGUAAUAACGUGGAUAGAUUGAAGGAUUGUGAGUGGAAAAUAUAUAAGAGUUUUAGCGAGUCUAUAUCGGAGAGGGCUAAGGCGUCGCAGAGUGGCAAGUCCAUGGAUGCGGCCGUGUUCGCCAGGCAUGUGGCGAGGCAGGUCUUGAGUUCGAGUCCACCAAAGAAGAUCGUGUACGGUCACAUGACCGGGCUGUUUAGAUUUCUGUCGUGGUCGCCGCUUUGGGUGAGGGAUCUCUUUUUUACGAAGAGAUUUAAAUUAAACAGGGUGGUCGUGCGAUGA